AUGCGAUCUUCAAGGCGGCGAUGCCAUCUGUGGCGGUUUGGUGCCAUUGCUUCAGCUGUGACAGUACUGCACCUUCGAAAGAUUCUGGUUGCGCCGCUGUGCUUUGCCUUGCCGCAGGUCUCUCCACCGAAUGAUGUGCCCGCCGACCUGUUUCCGGCCGGCAGCGACUUCGAAGACCUGGCCGCACAAAUUCAUUCAGAUUUGGAAAUCCGGACCGCAGACAAGGCUGUGUGCCAAGACCUGUUGUCGAAACUUGCGGAAUCGGGUGAUCCUUUGUUGGCAUCAAGAUGGCUACGAAAAAUGCGCGCAUGUGGUGUGGACUUGGACCCAAACUGCUACGAGGCGAUAGUGGCCGCGCAUUGUCUUCAAGGUUUGGCGACAGAAGGUGAGAUGAUUCUUGAGGUACAUGCCAAAGAGUUGGCUUCGGAAGGGCGGCGUCCAUCCGCAGCUUCCUAUGGAUCCCUGGCUGAGACCUUUGCAGAACGCGGGGAAGUGGAGAAGGCCCAAGAGUAUUUGAAGAACAUGAAAUCUUUCGACCUUCCGGUGGAAAUGCGCACCUAUGCUGCUGUGAUUGAGUCCCUGGCUCAGCGCGGCCAAAGCGAUGCAGCGCGAAGAUGGCUGGAGGAUGCCAUUCGAAAAGGCCUUACGCCCAGCCGGCGGUGCUUCUCAGCCACCAUCAGUGCCUUUGCGAAGGAGUCGAGGCUUUUGGAGGCUGAAGGGGUUCUGAAAGCAAUGCGAGAGGCGAAUGUGGAUGCGGAUGUGCAGACGUGGGGAUGGCUUCUGAUGGCCAGCCACAUGGCUCCAUCCAACCGGCCCACCAGCCGAGCCAAGAGGAAGCAGAGCCACACCAAGCCUGAAGACAUCUUCCGGCAGAUGUUGGAUGCUGGAAUCGUACCAGACAGCUUCGUACUAAGGGCCCUUGGCAAAGCUGUUGGUCUUGAGAGGCUUUCUCCGGGGUGA